AUGGGCGACACAUUUUUGGCGGAUAUCUCCGCAGCCAGGAGCACCAUCUCGCAUGUCGUCUUCUCCGAAACAGAACUCCUUGCAAGACUAGAAGACAUGUUCUUGUCAGAGGCUCGUGAUGAGUUCGAGUCGAACACUGCUCCGGAUCAUGCUGUGGAACGAAUUGUUCUACCUUCCGGCAAGAUUCGGCUGUUGUUAGCAAACCUGACCCUAUCUACCUCAGGCUUGCCGCUGCAGGCCGAACGAAUGUCCACUCUACUGGAUGAAGUACUACCAGCUCACGAAGAAGCGUUCCUUGAUGCAUCUACUGUAUUACAGAGACUUCUUACGAGAUGGCAUAUAAGCGGCGGGGAGCAAGCAAUGUGCUUAACUCAAGAAUAUGGCGAAGAAAUUAACCCUCCUCCAAUGAAAGAUGACAUCUGCUCAGAUCAUUUCUCCGCAAUGCAGAGAACAUUUAAGGACAUAGACAAUGCGAUAUCAGACCUAGAUUCCAAAGCUUAUGACAUCGCCCUGCGCAUGAGUGAGCAAGAGGAUCAGAUCAAGGCCGGUUACAAUGCCGCAAAGAUUGGCUUGAAGAAAGUAAAUGCUGAAGCUACAAUCCAUCGUGCGGAGCUCGAUGUCCUACAGUCAUCAUCAGGUGCAUUGGACGAACGUGUCCUGAAGUUGGAGAGCACAACUCGCUCAUUGCUGAAAGCUAUGAAGUACUUCUAUGGGAGGCUAGAGGAGCUGAUACAUGAAAUCAAGAUGCAGCUGAAUGACUGCAUGACAUCUUGCCCCUCCACAUCUGUCUCAGACUCGGUGGCACUCACAGAUCAAAACACCAUAGUUGAUGUGGCUCAGCUUGCUGAUUUGCUGGAUCAGUAUAUAAUUAUGGGGCGUAAUUUGGAGUUGCUCGCAGAGAAAAUAAGAAGUCACACUGCUUCUCCAUCUGAACCUCAUUUGUGUCAUGAAGUGCAAGAAUGUUCCAAGCUUCAGAUAGAAAAUGGUGAAAGCAGGGAUCAGGAGCCCAUGCUGCAGGCACUUAGCAGUCAUGAGAACAUUGGUCAACAUAGAUUGCUUGAUCAGAGAAUCUCAGCAUCCAGAUUACGCAUCAUGGCAGGAGGGUUGAUCUUGUUCAUGGCUCUGUACAUCUUGAAUGUGAUCAAAAGCUUACAGAGCAGCAAAAGAGCCAUUGCAAAGGAGGGUUUUACUUUAUCAUGA